UGACACCUGUGCGUGCCCUCGACCCGUUCUCCACGCGACGUUCUCAUCGCCGCCGUCGUCGCUCGAUUGCCGUCUAGUUUUUCCACGCACCCGGUGGAAUCGUCUGCUGUUCUACAGUCGCUCGUAAACUCGAUUGCAUAAACGAGUAAAGGGAGGAGCACGCGCCGCGCCGUGGAAAAAUGAGAGGUGUCCGGAAAAAAAAGAAAAUCUAUAAAAUCUGAGUACCGGUCGCUUGUGGUCAGUCGAAAGGAAACUGAGGAGGAAGGGAGGGAGAGAGGCAGAGAGAAAGAGAGAGUGAACGUUACGUCGCUUCUUCUCUCCUGCACAAGUGAUACACACACAUACGCGCACCUUCAUUUACAUGCAACGGCAAACGUGCGUCGGAGCGAGAGAGGGCGAGUGAGAGCGAAGGAGAGAAGGGGAGAGAAGGAGAGAAGGAGAGAGAGAGAGAGAGAGAGAGAGAGUCACGCGGCGUGUUACAUCGUCGAUGUGUGCGGCCAGGUGAUCCCGCAAGAAACACUCCCACCCUCUCUCUCUCUCUCUCUCUCUCCCUCUCUCCCUCGGCCCGCCUCUCUCGCAUUCGCACUCUCUCGCUCGCGCUCACCCUAACGCACACCCUCUCCGGCAUAUAACCUCAAACCGUCGGCGAGCUCGUGUCGCGCGUCGUCUCGCUCGACGUCGGUCGUCGUGCGUUCUUCGCCGACGUCAACCGGGUUGCCCGAAUGUGCGUGGUGCGGUUUCUGCUGUCGCAGCGGGUGCUCGUGAGUUCUCGCAGCUUCUCACCACAUGCGACUUCAAGAAUCCGAUGUAUAUGAUGAAAGGGGCUUAUUAGUAUGCUGGAUAAGCGGCGGCUUCAUGCCUCCGGUACGUCGCCAUGCACCCUCAUCUUCGUGGUCGUUUUGGCACUGACUGGAUGUUUCUCGUUUUGGAUCCACAUCGACGGCUCAGGAUCGCCGAUGCCGUACUCCGGCGCCGGUGUGGCCGCGCCCGGGUAUACCCUUAUAUUUCCCGGCAACGUCACCACGCCGUCUCCGCAGCCCUACUCGAUAAACGAACUUCCGUCCGAUGAUAAAUCCACGCUGAUCAACAUCAAGGACUUUAGAUUCACCAUCAACCACAGUCCGUGCAAUCGCACGCAGCCGUUGCUGCUCAUGUUGGUGCACUCGGCGCCGGAGAAUUUUCUCAAGAGGCACGUCGUACGGGAGACUUGGGGUCAACAAACGCCGGACGUGACUUUAUUAUUUCUCAUAGGAUACUCGGAGAAGUAUCAGUCCAAGCUCGAGGAGGAGAACAAGAAAUACCAAGACUUAAUACAGGGAAACUUUCUCGAUGCCUACAGAAACAUGACCUACAAGCACGUUAUGGGAUUAAAGUGGGCUACUUAUUAUUGUCCAAGUGCCAAAUAUAUACUUAAAUUAGACGACGACGUUUUUGUUCAUUUACCGGCCAUGCUGGACUUUCUCACGCAUGGCCUGUCGCCCUGGGGUGCAAGACGUCUGAUUCUCUGUGAUCUUCUGUCGGCUUCCGCAGUGAAGAGGUCCUGGCGCUCCAAGUGGCGGGUCUCCCCCCAGGAGUAUCCCGGCAGACUUUAUCCCGCGUACUGUGCCGGAUGGGCGAUUCUCUACUCGCCCGAUAGUGUAUUUAUACUGUACCGCGAGGCCCAGAAGGAGCCAUAUUUCUGGAUCGACGACGUGCACAUUACCGGGACACUGGCUAGGAAAGCGAAUCUAACGCAAACCUCAUUACACUCUUGGGUGCUCACGAGCGAGAGUAUGCGGGACCUGCUGUCGAACCCGGGCGCUCGACGGGAUUUUCUGUUCGGGCCCCCGGACUUAACGGAGAGCGGAAUACGAGCCUUAUAUAGUCUGGUUACUAAAUCACGGCCUAGCAGCGAAAGCCUAUUGAACUAAACGUCUAAUAGAACAAUUUCGUUAUAUGUAAUUUGGUCGUCGUAACCGCGCGGCUAAUUGCACGUGGGGGAGAUGACUGGGAGGAGGAGGAGUAGGAAGCAAAUGUGGAUCUAGCGCGAACGCUCUCGUGUACUUUCCGCGUAUAUCGAUUCAAUCGCAUCAAUGUGUCCGUGAUGUCGUUUUCGACAUCAAUUGGUGUUCGAUUAUUUGCACAAUGUACAAACGCCAUGCUACGCAUAAUAUGACAUCACAUGAUGGUACGUUACGCGCAAACACAAGUGUCGCGCGCGCGCGCGCAACACACGUGUAACGGACCAUUAUGCAUUUUUCGUCAGACUUCAUUACUUAUUUAUAUAUUCCGCCGGUACAUCCGAAUAUUACAUCUUGAUUUAUUCGCUUACCGAGUUAAUUUUAAGGAUAUGUUAAGGAUUGAUACGUUAAUUUUAAGGAUCUCGUUCUAUUCAAAACGCAUUUCUGGACUGUCGUUCUAUAAUCAGGGCUCGCGAUUAAAUGUUUCUUCGCCUUCAAGGUAGUUUGUUCAUUGACAAUAUUGACGAAAAGUUAAUGAUUGGUGUAGUAUGUGAACUUCGAGUCCGUGAAAUUUGUGAAACUCAAUUUUUCCAUUCAAAAGUCACAAAGAAAUAUUAAUUUCUCGCUCUUUACACAUAGUCGGGACUGUCUGCGUUAUGCGUGUGUGUGAUUCUCGUAUAUACGGAUACGUGCACACUAAUGCACGCUAUUCAAGAAAUGAUGCGACAUCUCUUAAUACGUUGGGUGUAACAUUGGUGGACAGAUGCGUGACAUGUUCAUUGCAUUAUAUUAAUUACAUGGUAUGUCGUAUUCGUUACAUUCGACGUUAAUAAAAUUAAAUUUAUAGUUUCUCACAUAUCUAACUAACAUAUAUAAUUACGAAAUGAAUACGUUAUAAAGUAGACGAUCUGAGCUGUACAUUUGAUUACUUUGUUUGCAGUGUUGUCAGAUUUUCGUAAAUUAUACUUCAAUCGUUAUUAGCGACUGUGUAUUUCACGCAUUGAUUCUUUCAAAACUAAACGACUAAAGAUCUUGUACCUUCGUAAAAAUAUUUCUGCGUCUCUCUUUUAUCGCCCUUUUGUUUUUCAUUAGAACCGUAGGAGUAUUUAAAAAUAAAGUGAUAUCGAAAGCCGUUAUAUAAUGUUACUGCCGUUACUGUUGUAAUGUUUUCUUCAAUUACUGCGACCGUCACAUCGUAAUGUCACGGUAAUAAGAAAGAUUGAUUCGCUUUUUUCCGUCUGUACACCGUAUCCUGUAAUCGAUCGGUUGUUUGAUCAUCAUGUACAACGCACGCAUCAUAUAUGCACGCACACAGCUUACGAGCCCUGAUUACAUUUGUACAAAGUGCAAGGAAAAUCUCUCAAGAGAUUCAUUCAUAGUCCAGAACAUGAAUUUGUUAUUAAGAGAGUCAAAGAGAGAGAGAGAGAGAGAGAGAGAGAGGGAGAGGGGGAGAGAGGGAGAGAGAGAGAGAGAGAGAGAGAGAGAGAGAGAGAGAGGAGAGGGGGAAGAGAAGAUUGGAUAUUUUUUUAUUUACACUUACGAAAAUGCCAACGGGGUGCGAGGAGUUGUAGCGUUAGUACUUAAAACAGGAAACUACAAUAUAUGCGAGACUUACCGUGUAUCUUGCGCGAUCGAAACAUCCUUCGUCUCGCGACGGCGACAGCGACGGUGACGGCGACAAUGACGAGGGAAAUUUGCGCGAGGAAGGAGAGACUUCACUUCAUCGCCUUUCCCCGCGAAUUCGCCGAAUCCGAUCGGCGACAAGCGAGGGGCGGUAAUCGGAAGAGGUCCUCGUUUCGCGCGAAGUCAUAUUUGUGAAUGUACUUAAAUGUAAUGUAACAUGACGGACAAGUUUGAGAUAUUAUACUGUUACGCAAAGGAA